AGGGCGUGGCCUAAAGCCGGGUCCUUCCAUCUCUGAGUUUUACCGCGUUUCAGCCUCCGAGCCGGAGGCGUCCGACCAAUUCAGAGACUCCGCACGCAGCAGGAUCCGGCGGUGACCAGCGGGGUGCGGCGCUAGAGCAAACCUGACCUCCCCUCCUCUGUGGGAAUGCCACGCCGGCCGCCGAGGGUCUGCUCUGGGAACCAGCCUGCUCCCGUGCCCGCCAUGGAGCCGGCUACCGACGGGCUUUGGGCCCACAGCCGCGCGGCGCUUGCCCGCCUGGAGAAGCUGCUGCGCUGCUCCCGCUGUGCUAAUAUUCUGAAGGAGCCCGUGUGCUUAGGAGGAUGUGAGCACAUCUUCUGUAGUGGUUGUAUAAGUGACUGUGUUGGCUCAGGAUGCCCAGUGUGUUACACCCCAGCCUGGAUCCUAGACCUCAAGAUAAACCGACAAUUGGACAGCAUGAUCCAGCUUUCUAGUAAGCUCCAAAAUUUGCUCCAUGACAAUAAAGAUUCAAAAGACAACACAUCUAGGGCAAGUUUAUUUGGUGAUGCAGAAAGGAAGAAGAAUUCAAUAAAAAUGUGGUUUAGUCCUCGAAGUAAGAAGGUUAGAUAUGUUGUGACUAAAGUGUCAGUACAAACACAGCCUCAAAAGGCAAAGGACGACAAAGCCCAGGAAGCCUCAAUGUAUGAAUUUGUUUCCGCAACUCCCCCUGUAGCUGUUCCUAAGAGUGCUAAAACAGCUUCUAGAACAUCUGCAAAAAAGCAUCCAAAGAAAUCUGUAGCUAAGAUCAACAGGGAGGAGAAUUUAAGGCCAGAAACAAAGGAUAGUAGAUUUGAUUCCAAAGAGGAGCUGAAGGAAGAGAAGGUUGUCUCCUGUAGCCAAAUACCAGUUAUGGAGAGACCACGGGUAAAUGGUGAAAUAGACUUAUUAGCAAGUGGUUCUGUUGUAGAACCUGAAUGUUCUGGAAGCUUGACUGAAGUCUCUUUACCAUUGGCUGAGCAUAUAGUGUCUCCAGACACUGUGAGCAAGAAUGAAGAGACUCCGGAGAAGAAGGUCUGUGUAAAAGAUCUUCGUUCAGGAGGGAGUAAUGGAAAUCGUAAAGGCUGCCACAGGCCUACCACUUCUACUUCUGACAGUUGUGGGAGCAACAUUCCGAGCACCAGCAGAGGCAUCGGUGAGCCAGCAUUGCUUGCAGAAAACGUAGUGUUGGUUGACUGCUCUUCACUGCCUUCAGGCCAGCUACAGGUUGAUGUCACACUCAGGAGAAAGAGUAACGCAUCAGAUGACCCCCUUAGCCUUUCACCGGGCACACCCCCACCUCUGCUGAACAAUUCAACUCACAGACAAAUGAUGUCAAGCCCCUCCACAGUGAAGCUGUCUUCUGGUAUGCCAGCCAGGAAAAGAAAUCACAGAGGAGAGACCUUACUUCAUAUUGCUUCUAUUAAGGGUGAUAUACCUUCUGUUGAAUACCUCUUGCAAAAUGGAAACGACCCAAAUGUUAAAGACCAUGCUGGAUGGACACCGUUGCAUGAAGCCUGCAGUCAUGGGCACCUGAAGGUAGUGGAGUUGCUGCUCCAGCAUAAUGCCCUGGUGAACACCCCUGGCUAUCAGAAUGACUCGCCACUCCACGAUGCCGUCAAGAGUGGCCACAUCGAUAUAGUCAAGGUGUUACUGUCCCACGGUGCUUCCAGGAAUGCUGUUAACAUAUUUGGUGUGCGGCCUGUGGACUAUACAGACAAUGAGAAUAUAAGAUCAUUAUUGCUGCUGCCAGAGGAGAAUGAAUCAUUCUCAACUAGCCAGUGCUCUAUCGUGAACACCGGGCAGCGAAAGAAUGGGCCGCUGGUAUUUAUAGGCAGUGGGCUUUCUUCACAGCAGCAGAAAAUGCUCAGCAAACUUGAGACAGUUCUUAAGGCUAAAAAGUGUAUGGAAUUUGACAGUACAGUAACUCAUGUCAUUGUUCCUGAUGAGGAAGCGCAGAGUACUCUGAAGUGUAUGCUUGGGAUUCUCAGUGGAUGCUGGAUCCUGAAGUUUGAUUGGGUGAAAGCCUGUCUGGACAGCAAAGUACGUGAGCAGGAAGAAAAGUAUGAAGUUCCUGGAGGUCCACAGAGGAGCAGGCUCAACAGAGAGCAGCUGUUGCCAAAGCUGUUUGAUGGAUGCUACUUCUUUUUGGGGGGAAACUUCAAGCAUCAUCCAAGGGAUGACCUCCUUAAGCUCAUUGCUGCAGCAGGAGGCAAAGUCCUGAGUCGCAAGCCCAAGCCAGACAGUGAUGUGACUCAGACCAUCAACACGGUUGCAUACCAUGCCAAGCCUGAGUCGGAUCAGCGCUUCUGUACGCAGUACAUCGUCUACGAAGACCUGUUUAACUGUCACCCAGAGAGGGUUCGGCAGGGCAAAGUCUGGAUGGCUCCGUCCACCUGGCUUAUCAGCUGUAUAAUGGCCUUUGAAUUGCUUCCUCUUGACAGCUGAAUGUCAUACCAGGUGAACAUUUUAAGUUGGACAUGCAUGGUUUGUAAGAACAACGGCCAUUGUGAUAUUUCUGGUCAUUCAUGUUUUUAUGAAUAGGUAGAACCAUUCAUAUUUCUUCCCCCUUUGAAUUGCAAAAUAAAACAAUUGAUAGUAGAUUAGGAAUUCAUUUUGAUGCCUAAACUGCUUUUAAGAUAUUUUUGUUGUUGUUCUUUUUUAAGGGUGGGGGCUAUAACUCAAGUCUUAGGGUCUUCAUCACCUAUGUGGGAGGCACAGGUUCCACACUAGGAACUUAUUUUACAUGUGGCCUGUGUUUUUUUUUUUUUUUUUUUUUUUGAUUGAUCAUGUCUUUCAGCUUUCUCAACAUCUGUCGAAGAUUAAUAAGUGAGAUAGCAUCAAACUACUUGUUAAAUCCACGUGGUGUAUUAUUAAUUUAGCAUCCUUUAGUAAACAGAAUAUCAUCAUAUGAUUUAUUCUGCCCUUUUUAUAAUGAUAAUAGAGCAUUUAUGUAAAUGUGCCAGUGUAGGCAAAAAGCUCUAUCUGGAGUUAUCCUUUUCUUAUGUUGUAUUUUAGUUUCUUGUGUUUUCUUGGCUUUCCAUUGUGUUUUUUUUUUUUAUUUAUUUAAAAAUAAUCUUGUGUAUGCAUUAGGAAAUCAUGAUUCGAAGCACUGAAUGUUAGUGGUAAAAUCAGCGGUAUGCUCUCACUGUGUACAUUUGCUGUCUGCCUACUGUGCGCUGUGCACACCUUUUUUCUGUAACUUAUUUUAGCGUCACUGCUUAGAAUGUCUUGCCAGUUUAGAACACUGACAAAUGUUAACUCAUUAGAUUAUAAGCAAUCUGGUUUUGGUAAAUCUUUCUGGAAAUUACUAAAAUAAGUCCUUGAAGGUUUUAAUCCCUUCUCUCAUUCCCUUUCUCCCUCCUUCCCUCCCUCCCUCCCUCCCUCCCUCCCUCCCUCCCUCCCUUCCUUCCUUCCUUCCUUUUCCUCUCUCCUUUCCUCCCUUUUAUUUGUGCUACUGGGUAUGGAAGUCAGGAUCAUGUGCAUGCUAGGCAAUUACCUACUACAUAACUAUAUCCAACUUUGAGACAAUCUUGCUAAGUUAGCCAAGCUAGCCCUGAUCUCACCCAGCUUUAAUUUUUUAUACAGCCUCUAGAUUGGUGGGUAGGCAAAAGUUGGAGAUUGCUUGAUUUACUACAUUUUUACCAUAUCCGACACAAACCCUGUAGCAGGAAAUCAGGCAGUGGGAGUGAGAAGAGCUUCUUCUUGUUACAGAAGCAGCCCCAGCAGGGGUGUGGGGGGCACUCCUGAGCCUGCGCACACUGCAGCUUACUCUGCCUGUUCUGUAGGUCCUCAUUGUGAGUGGACAGGGUCUAUACUUGUAAAUGGUCUUAAAGAAGAGGAUUCUUCCAUGCAUCAUCCCAGAAGGUAAAGAGUUGGCAGCAUUAUGGUUUGCAGAAGGAAGUCCUAAGACAACCAUCAGCUCUGUUUUUAGGAGAAGAGGGCAGCUUGACAAGCCCUGGGUGGAGUUGCCCCAGCUCAGAACACCAGGAAGCUGGGAUGCCAGUCAUUUCAAGAUCCACUUACUAGGAAAGUUUGAGAUUCUGUUGAUCAUUUGAAAGUGCACCUUGCAUAAAUCCUUCUUUGACAUACUAUUUUUUCAUGCCAAUAGGCAUGUUGACGUGAACACAAUGUUUCCCCAUGCUGGCUUCCCAGGAUCAAUAGUUAGGACAGUCUAAUAAGGUUUUGUCUGUGUUUGACACACAGUUCCUUCUGCAUCUAGGGGUGGGUAGAAGGGUGCCAUGUGGAUUAAGCCAUUUAGGCCUGGGGUUGGGGUGUAGGGAUAGUUUUCCCUUUACUUCACACACACAUGUUGAGCUCCUUCCUGUUGCGUGUGGCGUCUCACCCCUGCCCAGGGUCACAGCCUCGUUGCUGUGAAGCCUUUGAGGUUCCUGUUCCUAUUUUUUUUUUUAUUUUUAAUUUAUUACGUAUUUUCCUCAAUUACAUUUCCAAUGCUAUCCCAAAAGUCUCCCAUACCCUCCCCCCCCCCCCACUUCCCUCCCCACCCAUUCCCAUUUUUUUGGCCCUGGCGUUCCCCUGUACUGGGGCAUAUAAAGUUUACGUUUUAAUCUCUUGCCUCACCUCCUCUCGGUUUCCCUUCUUUCCUACUAGUAUUAUUUUUGAAUGCUCUGAAUGCUGGUUUUUAAAAAAAAUUGUCUGAAACAGAAAUGUAUUUUCAGAAUAAUUCACAAAAGCGCAGGUCUCACACUGAAACUUCAACUCCUUCUUCCCCUUUCUCCUCCUCCUCUUCUCUGAAUGCCAGGGAGAAUGCAGUUGAAGGAGAUGCGCAGUCACAAUGACCAACUCUAAAGACAAAAGCCCUCAGCAUUACGUAUCCGGUUAUGUGAACAGCUUGACUGAGUAGGGUUAAGAUGUUGCAGAUGUCCUGCUUCUUUAAGGUGGCUUUUCAGGGCUGCUCAGGGAGGUAAGGAUGGAGUGCAAGUGGGAGACAUCUUUGGCCCACUCCCUGAGCUUAAGGCUAAAGUCACACAGUUGUGCAUCCAUUUUAGGGACAGCUCAUCAGUGUCCUCAUAGUGGCAGUGCUGCCAGGCUGUUUGCCUUUGUUUUCUUCAGCUGCUCGCUGUCUCACGCACUACCCUUCAGCUCCAUUACUGCUUUCUUCCCACACUGCUGCUUGCUGCCGAGACUUGGCAUCAAGGGCUUCCAAGUGCUCUGUUUGCUCUUCUCUCCAUUUAGGGAUACUCCAGUCUCUGAUCGCAGUAGACCUGCUUCUGAGAUAGCCGAAUAACUGUUUGUUGGCCCAUUACUUUCCUGGUAGUAUUCGCCAUUUUCCUUCCAUCAGCAGCAUCAGCAGUUGGUUUAUGUUAGCUUUUAACACUUGAGGCUGUACUUUCUUUUAUAGAAAUGUGUGUAAUUUUUAUUUUUUCCUAAUGGAUUUAAACUUAUAAAUCAUUAAAACUAUUUGUGCUUGUA